UCCAAAGUCCAAGAUAAUGGCCACUACUACUCUCGAAGAAGUUUACAAAGAAAACCCUCUUAGCCCUCAACACAUUCUUCCUAUAGAUUUUCACUCAAUCCAAGAAGUUCCAAACUCUCAUCUAUGGCCUAAAAUCAAUGAUUCCCCAAUUAGUGAUGAUGAAAAAAACAAAAAUGUCCCAAUAAUUGAUCUUUUGGCCCCUAAUGCUGUAGAACUUAUUGGUCAUGCAUGCAAAACAUGGGGAAUAUUUCAAGUGGUUAAUCAUGGAGUCUAUUUAGAACUUUUUGAUAAAGUUGAGUCUCAGGCAAGACGAUUUUUCGCUUUGCCUGCAGAAGAGAAGGUGAAGGUCGUGAGAUCUGCUAGUGGCGCUACUGGCUAUGGCACGGCUCGAAUUACGCCAUUUUUCUCGAAGUUCAUGUGGCACGAAGGGUUCACCAUUGUGGAUUCACCACUUGAUCAUGCUAAGGAGCUUUGGCCACAUGACUAUCAACAUUUUUGUGAUGUGAUGGAAACUUAUCAAAAGAAGAUGAAAGCUCUAUCCUUCCAACUCUGGCUACUCAUCCUCAAUUACUUACAACCAUCUCAAGAACAUUUAAUUAAUUCAUUUGAAUUUAUAGGAGCCUUACAAUUGAAUUCAUAUCCAAGUUGCCCUAACCCUAACCAUGCACUAGGGUUAGCUCCUCAUACUGAUUCAUCAUUCCUAACAAUACUCCAUCAAACUCAUAACACAAAGGGUCUUCAAAUCUUGAAAAAAGACCAUGGAUGGAUUUCAAUUGCUCCGGUUUCCAAUGAUGCGCUCAUCGUUAACAUAGGUGAUCUUCUUCAUAUACUCUCUAAUGGUGAAUUCCCAGCGGUUUAUCAUCGAGUUCUUGUGGAUCAAACUAAGCAUAGGGUUUCUUUGGCAUAUUUUCUUGGACCUCAAGUUGAUUCUAUAAUUGUUCCAAUAAUUUCUUCUAAGGAUAAUGAUGGUGAUGUUGUUGUACCAAAAUAUAGAAAGGUGGAAGUGAAAGAGUAUCUUAGUCUCAAGGCUAAACAUCUUGAGAAGGCAUUCUCUUUGAUUAGAUCUUGAUGAUCAAGAAUAUAAUUAUGUUAUAGUAUUUUAGUACGUAGCUCAGUUGGUUGACUACGUAAACUUUUAUUUAGUAGGUGAGGGUUCGAUUCCUCAUCUUGUGCUCCGCUCCCCAUUUCCCCAUCCCC